GAGGGGGAACUCAGACCUGCAUCACAUACGACGCCGUAAAUCAUGCCUACGUCGAGGCAAGAAAGCGCGUCAACGUCGCGAGACCGAAGUCGGAUAUGUGGCGGCCGGAGGACCUGGCGACGGUCGGCGAGCUGCUCCUCGACAUCAGCACGAAUCUCGCGCAAACGUACGGACUGACCUACGAAGAGAUCGAGAAGAGCCUACCGCUGAUCGACACCUCGAAGACGCUCAUCCGCGAGGUCUGUCCCGCUUUCCUCAGCAACGUGGAGUGCCGACCGGGCAAGUACCGACGUUACGACGGUCUCUGCACGAAUCUGCAGAAUCCAACCUGGGGCGCCACCCUGUCACCCUUCGCGAGGUUGAUGAGUCCGCAAUUCGCGGACGGCCUGUCGGCGCCAAGGAUAUCCGUGACGGGUCAUGAGCUACCGUUGUCGCGAGUGGUGUCACGCACCAUGCACCCCGACGAAGGUUACCACGACCACGCCGGCACGGUGAUGGUGAUCGCAUGGGGACAGUUCAUGGACCACGACUACACCCUGACCGGGACGCCUUUAGAUCCCCUGAAUCGAAAUGACCCGGAGGAAUGCUGCUCCCGGCCGCCUCACCUGAAGAAUCCUUACUGCAACGAGAUCUUCAUACCGGAGGAUGAUUACUUCUACCGGUUAUUCAACGUUCGCUGCAUGGACUUCGUCCGCGCUUUUCCCGCCGUUCGACCCGGCUGUCGCCUCGGCUCUCGGGUGCCUUUCAAUCUUCUCACGGGUGUGCUGGACGGCAACACCGUUUACGGCAUUACGGAAGUUUUCGCCAGGAAACUUCGCAUGGGCUAUGGCGGAUUACUGCGGAUGAAUCCGGUCUUCGCAGAAUACGGCCUGAAGGAUCUGUUGCCACUGAAACUGGACAUACCGGACGAAGGAUGCACUCGGCCGAACCGAUCGAUGUACUGCUUCGAAGCCGGUGAGAUUCGAGUGAACGAACAGCUGGUAUUGACCUGCAUGCACACGCUGAUGGCGCGAGAGCAUAAUCGGCUCGCCAAAGCGCUGGCUCUCGUCAAUCCGCAUUGGGACGAUGAGAUUCUCUUCCAGGAAGCCAGGCGCAUCGUCAUUGCGCAAAUUCAACACAUCACCUAUAACGAGUUCCUGCCGAUAUUACUCGGCAAAGACGUUAUGGAGAAAUUCGGACUUCUCCUCGAGAAAGAGAAAUACUGGGACGGAUACGACUCGAGCAUAAAUCCCGGCGUGAUAGACGCUUUCGCAGCCGCCGCUUUUCGAUUCGGCCACUCGCUGUUGCCUACGGCUGUGGAGCGAUGGAGCAAGGCGCACAAAUUCAUCGCCUCAAAAAGACUGUCGGACCUGAUAAGACGUCCUUACGAUCUGUAUCGCGCCGGUGUGUUCGACGAAUAUAUCAUGGGACUGAUGAAUCAAGUCGCCCAGGCUAUGGACGAUUCGAUAACGCAAGAAGUGACGAAUCAUCUGUUCAAGAAAGUGGGGGCGAAAUUCGGAAUGGAUCUGGUGUCUUUUAACAUGCAACGUGGCCGCGAGUUCGGUAUUCCAAGUUACAUGGAAUUCAGGAAAUACUGCGGCCUGCCCGAAGCGGACAACUUCGAGGAGCUGUUCGGCUCCAUGCCGAACGAGACGAUCAGACGAUACAGAACUAUUUUCCGACAUCCCGCAGACAUCGAUUUAUGGUCAGGCGGUGUGUCCGAAAGACCGCUUCCGGGUAGCAUGCUCGGGCCAACCUUCGCCUGCGUGAUCGCCACGCAGUUCAGUCAUUCACGUCGCGGCGACAGAUUCUGGUACGAGCUGCCGAACCAGCCAUCGUCCUUCACUCUCGAACAACUGAACGAGAUUCGAAAGACAAAGCUCGCCCGAGUGAUCUGCGAUAAUACCGAUCUCAUCGACACGACACAGAUCUAUCCCAUGGUACUUCCCGAUCACGACAUAAAUCCUCGAGUCCCGUGUCGAACCCAGAUUCUACCAAGCAUCGAUUUGUCGAAAUGGGCCGAAUUUCCUACGACGGGUCACGGCGCACAAUACGUGAGUAAUCUAGCGGGCCAGUACGGGCAGUUCGGAAAAUAAGAGAGGGUCUCUUUCACCACUCUAGAUAUAAAUAAAGCGCUCCUAGGCGAACACCAACUACUACUACUACCACCACCACCACCACCACCACCACCACUACAUAACCAAGCGAGUCACGAGUCGAGAAGCCCAACCCUUAGGCACUUUAACCCAAGACCACCCCGUAGGCAUGCACGUAUUAAAGUAGAGUAAAAAAAAAGAGUAAACCUCAGGCUUUUAAGACGGAACGAGUCGACUCUCGAUUGAACCACGUAGCCACGAUGGAAAUGGAGCACAGAUUCGGUCAGUGUCGAUGACACUCGACCCGUCGUUUCGGUAGCGUGACACGCAGUCGUUUCGACUUUCGCAAAUCAAAAUUCCACGCGGUGUGACAUCUUGAUAAAUGAAUCGGCCCCGAACGGAACCUCGAUAAAAAUCUCGUGGAUGUAGAUAUAGGUUUCCCCACAUGACAUUUGGACACUCCUUCAUUCUCACGCACAACCAUGAGCUUUGCAGCUUCCCCAUUGUCAUGAUUAUUUACCAUAGCGUUAUUUAACGAAUACAUAGUGUCUUUACGCUGUAUUUCAACUCGCAGAUGUGAUUCCGCACGGAUAACACGUCUGGAAAUCUCAUUAUGAGAGAUCUGGCCAUAGCCCGUAAUUAUAUUAUUAAGUCAUGUACAUUGAUCGUAUAGAUUGCGUUUAUUAGUGUCUUAUUAUCCGACUCUUUCCAUACAUUAAUAUUAAUUGUCUCUUAUACGACACGCUCAGAGCAAUUUUCCCCAGAACCACUAUAGUGAUUUUACUUUCGACACAAAAUGUCACGCCUUCAACAUUACCCACAAUACUGUAUAUCAAUAUACACCUUUUGUAUAUAGCGAAUCACAAUCAAGUCGAAUCAUUCUUUGCACGUAACCGUCUGUCACAGCUCCCUCAGCGUCAUGGACCAUUAUAACGUUAUGUAGCAGUGCUUAAUAUCUAGUCCUCUCUACUCUGUGGAAUAAGUACUCCCCCCUCUCCCCGAUUUCUAGUACACAAAGUACACCGAAAUUGAUCUUAAUGACACUCCGUCUCGUGCCUUUGAAAAUAAGAUUGAAAAAAAAGAAAAAAACUGUAUCGGUCAAUUAUAUAAAAAUCCCCGUCUAUGUAUUCAAUGCGAAGCGCGAUCAUUUGACUAUGUAC